AUGCCCGCAGUGAAAUGCGAUCGGCAGGAUCCAUGUCUGAAUUGUGUAGAUGCACGGGUCGACUGCCGUCGUGCUCGCCAGGCGAGAAUUCAUCGGCCGAGAGUCUCUCGUCUGGAAGCUUUGUCGGACCGAUUGGCAAAGCUUGAGAAAACAAAUGAGGACACCUCGUCUUUCUCAUCGCCUUCGCCAGUCAUCGGCAGCAAUGACACAAAUCAAACGGCGUUGCCAUCACCGCAGGCAAAGCCUAUGGAUUCCACGCACUCGGUAUCAAAGAGGAAGCAUCAUUCUCAUUAUUCCACCAACCAAACAAGUCCCUCUGGCCAGCACGGAAAAAAGCGGAGGAUAUCGCAAAGCACUAUAUCAAACAUCCACGGCGAGCGACAUUUACCAGGCUCAGCGCGGCAUGCCAGUGAGGCAAGGGAGUACAUCGAACAUGAACUUCAAUGCAAUCCAGCUCUGUCAAAAGACAGGCGAACAGCACUAGAAAUGGCACAGAAAUUUGUCAGUCAACUUUCGAAUCCGGGAUUUCAUCGUUAUGAGACUGGUGCUGCCGAGGAACUAGAAAAUGGAGAUACAGCGCCUCCUGCUCUAACGCCGGAGCUGCUGUAUAUGAUGUUACCAGGUCCCGACAAAUCGACCAAUUCCCAAGGAACAAUCGCGUGGCCAGAUCAUAUAUCAGAUCAAACACUAGAGCGUAUGGGCCUAGCUAUUAUUGAGCGCAGUGAGAGUGAGCAAAUUCUUCAGCUUUACCGAAUCACAGUAUGGGUAAAGGCUAUAUCUUGUAUUUCAAAAUUGGCGCCAUUGAUAUCAAGUCAGCCUCUGAAAUUACAUUUCAGGAAUCUAAAGAAGCAGUAUGAGGCAGCCGCUAUUGAAGAACUGAACUCAAUCCCUUUAGCAGCUUCUCCAAGUCUGACUUUGCUACAAGCAUUGCUAUCCGGUAAACGGUUGAUGCAAUAUUUAGGGAACAUGUCCCGUUGUUGGAUGUUCACGGCCCACGCUUCGAGGAUUAUUGUCGCCUUGAACUAUCACAAUAUUACCAAUCCCAUACCCCAGAAUGAAGUGGAAGGAGAUAUACAUGCCUGUGUUUACACAUGCUACUACUUUGAUAAGACUUUAAGCUUGCUUCUUCUUCGACCACCGUCUUUACCAGAGCUGAAAGUUGAGCCAGCACAAUUGAUUCACUUGGAUCCAGAAUUGCCCACGACAGCAAUGAUAAGAGGAAUCGUCGACCUGGCGCAUCUCAAAAACACUCUCGUGCAUGUUCUUCUCGAUACCAAGGAAAUGAGCGAUAUUGAGAAGGCAAGCCUUCUGUCCGAUCUUGUCAUCCGCGCGCAGACGGUUCACUCCGGCCUUCAAAUACAACAAAGGCGGCAAGAGUUAGACUUUCCGACUACAUGGCCAAUCCUGCGCCGUGAAUGGCUAUCGAUGGAUUUCAACUACUUCUCGGUCUUGACCACAAUCAUCCGAGCACGGUCUUCGGUCUUGAAAUCUCGUAUGGUGUGUGAAGACUGCCUCUACGCAGCCCGAGAGGGACUUAUCACUCUUCGGGCCUUGCAAGAGGCAUUUUCAACUGAUGAGAUAUCGGUCAACUCCUAUCCGUACUUCCUGACGUGGACCAUGCUUUUAUUUCCUCUUUCCCCAUUCUUCGUACUAUUCUGCAACGUUGUCGCGACAUCGGACCACCGCGAUUUCGAAAUGAUCAAGGAAAUCACCGGCAAUCUUCGCCAGUUUGCCAAAGCAAACGCCUCAAUUGGCAAGCUCUAUGGCCUUUUCUCCAAGUUUUUAGAUCUAUGCAUGCCGCUGAUCAAGGAAAAGGAUCCAUGGUGUUCCUCUGAAAGCACCGUGCCUGAGUUCCCUGAUGGUUCAAAUAGUGGGAGAGAACUUCCUCAGCUCGGCAGUCCAUAUACGGAGAUGUUUGGCCGAACUGCCAAUCAUACUUUAAAUAUACCGCCAAGUCCGGGUCCUAGCAGGGCAGUCUCUGACGUACCACGAUCGGUGCCUUCUGUGGAAGGAUGGGAUGACAAUCUUAUGUGGGAGUUGUUCGAUAACCAACCCUCCCUAGGGUGGGCAGAGUCGGAGCUUUGGGAUGUAAUUACACAGUCAAAUACAGCGUGA